AUGUCAUUCUCAUUUGGAUUUGGUGGCGACGACAUCGAAGACGACGAAGGAAACCAAGAAGGCCAAGUCGCUCUGACGGGGAAAAUCUCAUCAUGUACAAUAACCGACAAAGUUGCUUCUCAAGCACAAACUAUUUUGCCCAAGAGGCACUCACUUGAAGACCUGUUAUCAUCUAUACCUUCUCAAAUAUCAUACAACACCCUCGUGAUACCGAACUCGACGCACCAGUCACCAUCCAGUCGACCUAGCGGCGGCAUCACCGUCCAACGCCGGUCACUAUUCGAUAUCCGAGCCCAACUCAUGGCCGAGGCCAACCCCGAAACGCACGACGCGGCAGACAUCCUCCUAUCGGGUUUGGAGAACGGAGAUUUGUCGUCCGGCAUCUACGAAGGUGGCUUCAAGACCUGGGAGUGCUCCGUCGACCUGGCCUCCCUGGUGACGAGCCUAGAUCUGAGUCAAAACUGGCACAUCGUCGAGUUGGGCGCCGGUAGUGCCGUGCCCAGUCUAUCACUCCUGAACGACUUCCUCACGAGCACCGAAGAUGAUCAUCAUCGCCGUGGAUCUAAACGCGGAACCCUCAAAUUCACGCUCUGCGACUACAACGAAGACGUGCUCAGAUUGUGCACUGCUCCAAAUGUCUUUUUGAAUCAUCAUCGCCACUCCCGCCUCCACCACACUCUUCGGAACCGUUCUCAAACACAAGAAGGCGCGGCGUCAUCAUCAAACAAUGAACCAGUCAACGAGAGUGAAGGUCAAUCCGAAGACGAAGGCGAACUUGACAUUGAAGGGUUAGGGGAAAAUUUCAUCAACACCACCCUCGACGAUAUUCGUUCACGAGAUAUCUCUUUCGAUUUCAUAUCCGGAGCAUGGGGCGACGCCUUUCUCGAUCUUGUUUCUUCCAAUGGCACGUCCGAGAAUCUCCUAAUACUGGCGUCGGAGACCAUCUAUUCACCAUCCACCAUCACUCCCUUCACGGAGACGGUUGUGAAGCUACUACGUCGCCAGUCUUCGGGAAGUGCAAAGGCCUGGGUGGCGGCUAAAAAGGUCUACUUUGGUGUCGGAGGGGGCGUCGACGAGUUUCUGAGCGAAACCACAACUCGCCAGGCAAAGAGCACCACCCUACUAGAAACGAAAGACACCGGCGUUGGGAGGGUGGUGCUGGAAGUCACUUUGUGA